GAUAACGCCGGUGCAGUUGAUAUCGCUUUUUGUUUCCAAUAACUUAAUUAUGUGCUUUGGUUUGUGUUUCGAAUAAACAAUACCAAAAAUGAGAUGUAAAAUUGUACUUUGGCUACUCCUGAUCGUUGGACUAAUCCUGGGAUACAUUUGGUGGAAGCCAACGGCUGGUGGAACCAAUGCGGAUGUCCUGCCGGUAGUCUUGUGGCACGGAAUGGGCGAUACCUGCUGUGUCCCAUUCAGCUUGGGUGGCAUUAUGAGCCUAAUUGUUGACCAGACAAAGGGAGCCUAUGUGCGAUCGCUGGAGAUUGGUGGUAAUCCGGUAAUGGACUGGGAAAGCGGCUUCUUCAUCCAUCCCAACGAGCAGGUGGAGUUCGUUUGCAAACAGCUACUGAUGGAUGAACGCCUGGCCAAGGGUUACAAUGCCAUCGGAUUCUCGCAAGGUGGUCAGUUCCUGCGUGCCGUGGCCCAACGUUGUCCCACUCCGCCGAUGAGAAACCUCAUAACCUUUGGUGGCCAGCACCAAGGAGUCUUCGGUCUGCCCAUGUGCCCAACACUAAGCGAGAGCGCCUGCGACUAUAUUAGCAGGCUCCUCAACCGUGCAGCCUAUACGGAGGAAGUUCAAAGAAAUUUGGUGCAAGCCACCUACUGGCACGAUCCAAUCAUGGAGAACUCAUACCGACUGGGCAGCACAUUCCUGGCUGACAUUAACAAUGAGCUCUACUUCAACGAGUUUUAUAUAGAGAACCUGAACAAACUAAAGAGAUUUGUGAUGGUGAAGUUCUUGAACGAUACAAUUGUCCAGCCCAAGGAGUCGCAGUGGUUCCAGUACUACACCACAGGACAGGACAAAGUCAUCCAGCCUUUUAACGAGAGUAAAGUCUAUCAAGAUCUGGGCUUGGACCAGAUGGACAAAGAUGGUAAACUUAUCUUUGUUGGCGUUGAAGGCGAUCACUUGGCCAUAUCCAAAGAAUGGUUUAUCAAGAACAUAGUACCUCUGCUACUCGAAAAAUGAGAAUAUAAAACAAAGAAUGAAAAAAAGAAAAACAUGUGAUAGAGAAGAAUUUGACAAAGGAGAGCUUUUACCAUUGAUUUGAAAAGUCAACUACUACUCCAGAUUUAAAAAAAUACAUAAUGUGACUAUGAUGUUUUGAUAUACUUUUAUACAUGUUUAAUUAGAGAUAUAUAUUUAAUAAAUUCAGUUGGGACAUACAAAA